AUGUCCCCUGCUAUAAAACGAGCCUGCGAUCAAUGUCACACGCUGAAAGAGAAAUGUCGACGACCGAGUACAAUAAUUUCAUGCGAGCGGUGUGACCGAUUAAAUCAAACCUGCAAAACGACGCGGAAUCUCGCGAGACCGGGACGAAAACCACGCGACGCAAGAAACCUAUCCUACAAUCUUCCAGCCUCAUUCGUCAGCUCGGUCACCCGCGCAAAGACACUCGACCUAUCUUCAUCCCAAAACACCCUCUACCUCCCAUUCGACAAAGGACUAGCCAGCAACCCAGCCCUAUUUCCCGGGCUAGACCAGUGGGAAAGACACUUCUUCAAUCUUAUGAAAGACAUCGUCGCACCACGCCCACUAGACAAAUUCCUAAUCGGACCGAGCUUCCACGAGUCGAACCACCGUUUCUUCGUCCAGAACUUGCUGCAACCCACCGCCACAUCAAUAUUGAAAGAUGCCACAGUCGCCUGUGCCGCAGUGCUCCUCGGAGACCAAUAUGCGCAGUACACCAAGACAAGCGUAGAAGUCGGGCACCGGCGAGCCGCACUGGCUGUCUCGGGACUGCGGUCGUUGCAGAUAUCCAAGGAGCAGGAUCUUCUUACUGCGCUCGUGCUGGGUGUGGCUAUAGUGACGUUCGCUAUGCAUGUUGCCGAUGGCCAGCCAGUUCUUAUAUCGCAGUAUACGCUGACGCUUGUCAAGCCGGUUUAUCACACUCUCUUGGCGAUGGAUCCUGGUGUUAUGGAUUUGUUGAUGUGUUUGGUUAGUACGGAGACUUCUGAAUGUCUGCUUCGGUCUGAGAUUCCGACUAUCCGGGUCGGUGAGCAUGAUCGGUGCAAUGUUGUUGAUCGGUAUCUUGGGCUUAGCUCGUCGCUUUUUGCUCAUUUAUAUGAUAUCUGUGAGGCUAGUCAUUCGAUGAAAGUCACUGGUGGAAGAAUGGAUAUCGAGAUGGUCGAACGAUUGGACGCGAUACAGGAUUCACUGGAGCAAUGGCAACCCUCACCGCCGCCGGACUUUAUUGAAAGAUUUACUCAGUCUGAGAUUGCUGCAAUGCUCGCUCAAGCCAAGGUUCUCCGUCUUGCCGCUUUACUAAUUGUACAUCGGCUACGCCAUCCCUAUGGGCAAAGCGACAAGGAAGCAUUGCAGCUGUCCAGCGCUAUUACGGCGGAGAUCGACAUGGUCUUGCAAUCGUCAGGGCGGUCGAUACCAUGCACAGCAAUUGCCUAUAUGGUUGCAUGCUUUGAGAUCACCGGGACUGAAGCGCGAGCAGCAGUCACUGACAAGAUCCAUGAAGUUGUUACUUUCUCCAAGCAAUCGCAGCUUCAAGUCAGGCGCUCCCUGUCCUUAGCAUGGGAUGCGAGGGAUGGCGGGGACCAGAUCUACUGGUUCAAUAUAGGUAAUUAUGUGCGCAAGACACGUUGCACAUAA